GCCUAUAGUGACUUCUUUUUUUGAAUCAAAAAUUGGAAACUAUUAAACUUAUAAGUAAGAAAAGGAGAAAGGAUACUGUGCCGAUGGAAUGGAGGAGUGAGGGUAACUAAUUGUAAGAAGAAUAGAGAGGAAAGGGUGAAAGAAAAAGGAAAGAAGGUGCAUGAGAUAGAAAAGGAACAUGAUAUGAAGCGCGACGUUUAACAGUGGUAGCGCUGAUUUGUGAUUUCAUCAACGAUUACUGAUUUCGAGGGAACUUAAUCUGAAUUGAGUGUAGUGCUUUCGAACUGUAGAGUAUUUUUCGCGCGGUAAUAAUAUUAUGCGCGUUAUCACUGAUAUCAAAAGAAUGUUCACGAGUAUGUAAUUUAUUUGUGAUUUGUCCACAGCAGUGCCUCUUUGACGACGCGCUCUUACAUUUUAAAUAUAACGGUGUAUAAAUAAGUAUGAGCAAUAGCGGGAGUGUACUAUCAGAUCUCUCAUUGUUGAUUUUUCCAGAGAAUCGCAGUUUGAUUACCGCGUUUUUUUAUUCAGAUUUGAGACUUAUAAAUGAAUGCACAUGAAAUGCAGUCGAAAUCAAUGUUUUUCCCUUUGAAGUUUACCACAUAUGUUUUUUAUGCGUGGGCAUGCAGCACCGAACUAUCAUCAAGGUUAGUGUGCCUGACAGGUUCUCCAUCGCCUUGCAAACUUACGCUAGUUCUCAAUGGGUAGCAGUGAAUAGCUGUAGUAGGAAAAUUCAAAAUUCUUCUCUGUUGAAUGAUUAAGAGAUAAAUAUAUCAAAUAGGCAUAGAUUCUUUGCCUAACUCAUAUUAUUUUGUACAAUGAAAUCUUUCUCUAUAUCUGUUCAAAUUUAUAACAACAGAUAUCGACAAAAUCUAUGGAAAAAAAACAUACGUAAUGUUGUCACUUGUAUACUGGAUACACAUACACAAAGAGUGGCGACUUACUAAAAAUUAUCUGAUUAUUGGUCCUCAUGCUUAUAUAAUGCUCCAAGAAUUUUAUAUUUUUAUCAUUGAAUUGGCACGUUUGUGCAAAAAAAGAACAGCCGCUUCUAUGAAUGCUACUCAUUUGUUACACUGUGAUGGAAAAGAUAUUAACAACAAAAGUGCUUCAAUGUUUACUUUUGUAGGUAGAAUGGCAUGUGAGGUAUUUCUGGGUGGAUCUUGUAAUCCAACCACAUGGAGAUCAGAAAUAGCGAUACCAACUUUACAAAAACUCGGAAUUACUUAUUACAAUCCCCAAGUAUCACAAUGGGGACCAGAAUUGAUAGCACAAGAAUAUGAAGCAAAACAAACGGCGAAAGUAUUACUGUUUGUAAUCGAUAAUCAAACACGCAAUAGUGCAGGCAUCAUUGAAGCAGCUCAGUUGGCAGCUACGCGCCGCGAAUCUUUAAUCCUUGUUAUUUAUCCAUAUCGUCAAGGUCAAACGAUACUUGGCGAAACUGUAUCUAUUCAAGAAUAUUGUGACCUGAUGAAUGGUUUGCUAGUACUUCAGUAUCUAAUGGAGAAACAGAGGAUACCAAUAUUUGAAAGUGUGUCUGUUGCACUGAAUUGUACAUCUAAGGUGUUACGUGAAGAAAUUAAUGUGCAAGAUCUGCAUUCCGAAGAUGGCAUUAGACCAAUUAAAAUAUCAUUCAAUCAAAAUGGAAUAGAUUUAGUUAUACUCAGAGAGAUUUUCAAGUCUAUGGAUAUGAGUGACAGCGGAAGUAUAAACUUAGAAGAAGCUUGGAUAGCAUUACAAUCGAGUGUUAAGUGCAAUGUAUCAUCAAUGCCGGAACUUCUUAGUAUCGUGAAUAAAUCUGAAACUUAUAGGUCAUUGAUAGAUGAUGGAUUUUUGACCAAAAGGGAUCCAACAGAAUUGCGGAUAAACUUUGAACAGUUUUGUGCCUUAGCUACUGAAUCAUCGUGGAGGAUGAAAAGCAACGGCGUCUCUUGUGAAAGUGAGAUACCUUCAGUUUGGAGUAUAUUAUGUAGGAAGGCAACGAAAUUUCUUCGCAGAGCUAUCGUGCAACCUUUUAAUCGUUUCUUAGAUUGGACCAAUUUCUUCGUGCCAGAAUCCGAGAAGAGAGACUUGUACAUUGGAGUAAUCGGUAAAGAUCAGUUUUGGUUAGAAACAACCGCCAUACCCUCGAUCGAAUCUAUUGGAUUAUCUUUAUAUCGAUCAAGCCUGAAUGAGUACAACGUAAGAGUGUUGCCACAAGAAUUGCAGAGAAUGAAAAAUUCGCGGUUAAUAUUAUUAAUUGUACCGCAACAUUCACGUGGUAUCACUAUAAUGGCAUUGGCAGCUCACCUCAUUGGAUUACGCGCAAAAUUAGUCCUAUGCGUUCAAAUGCUUCCCGAAGACUGCGUAGUUUCUGGUGAAAAGCUAACUGAACAAGCCAUAAAAGACUACAAUCGGGGAAGAAUGUACCUGUCGGACUAUGCGUCGCGCGAAGGUGUACCUGUUUUUCAGAAUAUCGUAGAUGCUUUGCAACAUGCGAUACAACUAGUUCAACAUCUCUGAUUUUCUUCUUAUUCCGAUUCUUCUUUCUUUUUUCUUUUUGAUUUUACACUCAACCCCUUCCGUCCUUUCCUCACUCCUAUUCUUCUUCAUCUAUGACUCCUAUCUAUUUUUUUAUUAUUAUAUUUUUUUUUUUUGAUAUGAGUAAAUGUUUCAAUUCACCAAUUAAUUUAUUUUUACUGUUAGCAAUAAUGUUCAACUACUAAUCGAACGAAUGAAAAAUAAAAUUGUGCUUGUUUCCGAUUAGAUUCUAAUUAGAGAGUUAAAGAAUAUGGUAUUAAAUUCACAAUAAAUAUGGUGUUUUAUAUGAAUUUAAGAACAUAUUAGAUGAAAAAAGGAAUAGUAUUAUCUCGAUCUGUUGGAAUUGCGAAAUAUUUCAUAUAACGGAUCGUUCCAUUUUCAUAAAAUUGCUCGUAUCGAGUCGGCUACAGUAAAGUAACUUGAAUUUCAGUGAAAUUUCUUAUGGUAGUUGAACAUAGAUUUUAUAGUGAUUCAAUUCAAUAAUUUUAUAACCAUUUGGUAACUGGUUGAGGAUUGAUAUACGUGUAUUGUAUAUAGAUUAUUAGCUGUUUCUAACGAUCUAAUGAUAAUUAAUUUGAAAUUUAUUAAAAAAGAAUGCAUGAGAAUGCGUGGAAGAAAUUUGAUAGGUAAAAUGUGUGGAUAAAAGACGCGUACCUGUGAAUAAAUAAAAAUUUUAUUUAGCUACUUUGUAUUAUAUCAUAUGCUGUGACGUGUAAUACGGUUUAUCCGUGAAUAGAAAUUAUAAAAAAAUUAUAUUUCUAGAAUUUAAUUUAUGUACGACAAAGAUGCAGGACAAACAAAUUUUAGCUAUAUGUAAAAUAUCUUAAAGUCAUUUGACAUUCGUUAGAACAAUUUAAACUGCUCGACGCAUUCUCUUCUCUUUUUCCUUUUCUUCUUUUUAAUCUUUUAAUCACUUAAUCCUCUUCCUCUUUUUCAUUCACUCAUUCAUUUUACACUUUCUGCUGUUUUUAUAACUUAAUCAAUAUUUUCUUUGUACAAUAAAAAAAUUGUUUUUAUUUGUAA